UGUCUGUCAGUAAAAAAGGAGACACCUGCUUUAGGACAAAUGUCCACGCCGACGCACAGCGCGCAAAGUUGGGCUGGAUUUGCUGCUGCUCGGCCUUCACUCCGCACAACAAGGCAGAACAUGGGACCACAGUGUGAGGACAUAUGGCUGGAGAUUUUGUCUUCCAAACAAUAAUCAGUGAGGCAGUGUGCAUCUGAAGAGGACGAUUAACAGUUGGUGAUGAGCAUCCACUAAAAGAAACGCAUUCUCACUCCGAUCUUGUCACAUAUCCGUGUCUGGUUGUAGACUUUCCACGUUGAGAUAUGAUGUCCAAGGUACCCUGAGUGCGCUGGUUGCUUAAGUUCUGAGAUGCCAUGUCAACUUCACCCUAUUACAUGCAUUGUCUGUUUUCACAGGAAAUAUACAGUUUGCAUUGGUUACGUUUUGCCAACACACAUGUGGCUGGGUUUCGGAAAAAAGAACAGUGUUUGACUUUCCCGGGUGAAAGUCUGUGGUUAUUGAACCCUUCCACUCAGACUUCCACCACCUCAACUUUCAUUCCUGUCCCGCCACAUUUCACCCUGACGCCACCAGGGGCCAUUGAGCUAUAAAGGCGACUGGCCACAUAUCAUGCCGACAUGAAAGGACAGCUUUUUUUGUUGGUGUUUGACGCCUGAAGUCAUAUCAUAUGUUGGAUAUAUGUUUGCAUAUCUGUAGCUUUAUGCAAGUUUAAAAGCAACUUUGCAAUAUUUCUCACAAUGCUGGGCAGGAUCAUGAAUAUGGACAGUGCAGCUGCACUGGGGUCCAUGAUGUGGGUCUCAACAGGACCCUCAGCAAUAUGUUGAACAGAGAACAGACCUUUGCAACUGACUCAGAUUGUUAUCUCAGAUAAAUGCCUGUGUUCCUGGAUGAACCUCAGUCAAAUUUAAUUGAGUGUGGUAAUUUUGUGAGCCAGUGCCAUCUGCUAACUCUGUCAUGGUUUUCUGUUUGUUUGCUAAACAGUGGCACUCUAUAACAAGAUAUCAUGCUUAUCCUACAUGAACUAAACUAUAAAUAAACUAUAAAAAACAACUAGGCUAUUGAGUUACAGUUUUUCUCCACAGAAAAAGGGAACUAUGCAAACAAGUCUGAAAAUUUGAGGUUCAUGUAUAAAAUUUAAAAUCACAUUUUUUCUAAACUCAAAGCAAUAUAUCCAGAAUUCAGCCGCUCCUCUUCUCACACACUCUCACACCCCAUCCUUCAUAACCUCCACUGGCUCCGGAUCAGCCAGCGUAUCAACUUCAAACUCCUCCUCAUCACACAACCUGCCCCCCCCGGCCUGUCAGAGCUCCUCCACCUGCACACUCCCUUCUGCACUCUCAGGUCUGCUGAUGUCAGCAUCUUGCCCCCACCCCCCACCUGAACUCACCACUGCACCAGAGGGAACAGGGCUUUCUCCACUGCUGCUUCCACCCUCUGGAACUCACUCCCUAACUAAAUCACAGACUCCCCCUCACUCCAAACCUUCGAGACAUCCCUUAAAACACACCUCGUCAAAACUGCUGACAACCUCUAUAGCUGUGUUUGUUGUUUUGGUGAAAAGACUCAGUUUUGAGAAGAUAAAAAAUAGUUUUCAGAGGUGUUUUGCAAAAGAUUUGUGGAGCUUUUCAGCUCUGUGUUUAGAGUUUUGAGAAACUGGGCAUUAGUUUCAGGAAACAUGUUGAAACGACUGGAAAAACUGUGAAUAAUGAACAUUUUUUAUCUUAUUUUCUGUGGUAUUUUUAUCAUAUGCAGAUAUGCAGUGAUGAUUGCUGGGUAAUAUGGUGAUGUUGUCCAAUGUCAGUGGUGUAAGGUAGCUACGUCGGGCCCCAGUGCACGUUAUAAUGCACAUGUUGUUUCGUCACAUGAUCAGAGACAUUGGACAACAUCAUAUCAUAACUGCAUAUCUGUAAAUCACAAAAAUUACCAGAGAAAAUAAGAAAUUAUUAAUAUAAUAAUUUAAAUAAUUUGAAGUAAGCGUAUCAUUUUGUCAUAGAUGUUAUUGACUAUAAAAAAAAACAUGACAGAGAUGAGUUUCCCUUUUUCAAGGACAUAUAGCAAAUGGCACUGGUUUUAAUUUAAUGGGAGUUCCUCUUUGAACACAGGCAUAAUUCCAAGGUGGCAAUCAGUCAUAAGGGCCCAUUCUCCACCCAACACAUUGUUGGAGGUCUCAGUCUUUCUAUGGGCCCCUCAAUCGCGCUGCCUGCACUGUCUUUAUUUACGCCCCUGUCCGAUGUCAAGUCUCUAAACGAUUGCUGCUUUACAUGCAAAGUCUGCUUCAUAGCUUCUAACUAGUGUGCACUUGUGCCUGUUGUAACCCCAAUCCAUCCAUGACUCAAAACUUUGAUGUAAAAUAUGUUCAAAUGUCCCAAACUGUCAAAAUGACAUAAAAAAUUUAUGUUUACGUGAUACAAAAACUCGUCCUUUGUGAGCUUGACAUAUUUCUUGUUAUGUGAAGUCUGCAAUAUUUGAGUUUUGAGUUAAUUUGACAACAUAUAAAGACACUUAAGCCAUCAUUUGACAAUAACUCUGUGUUAUGUAUCUUAGAUAUCCUCACUUCAAAUGAGUUCUGUGUUAUUAAAACACAAAUUAUUUUAUCAUUUGAUUGAAAUAUUGUAUUAAACACACAGAAAUAUGGAGUGAGAUGAGGGUCAUUUAUUCUGUGUCCAGUGUACUCGAAACUUUCAUGUGACUGUACUGCAAAGUUGUGUGUGCGAGCUAUGUCCAGUAAAUUUUAAUUAGAGUGAGUGACUUUUGGAUCCAGCUCAACAGUAAAACAUUUUAUGUUCGUUUGACUUUAAAUUUAGAACAUAUAUUGUGGUUUGUACAUAUGACACACCAUGUUGUUUGUAUUUUAUAAACAUUAAAAAAAAUACUCAGCAAUAUGGUAAUUUUAUGUUAAUGUGACAUAGGAUUAAAUGCUCAAACAACAACAAGUUUUUGAAGUAACAUAAAACUCCUGUCAGACUGUUGUCAUGUGACACAUCUUUGUCUGGUGUAAAGUUAAAACUUAAAGGUUAUGGUAUUGCAUUUAACUUUAAGUUUUCAGUGCAAGCCAUUUCAAAAAAAAAAAAUCUGAGUUGAGUGAGCGAAUUGAACUCUAAAAAACAAUCCACUGAUUCAACUGAAACAAAUUAAUGCAACAAUGUGCAUGCAUCUUAUUAAUUGAGUCAGUCCUCUAAGUCUUUUAUAAUCAGACUAGCUAAAUGAGUUUAGUACAACCAAGAUAAUUUACUCUGACCUUGAAAAGCUUAAGAUGAACCAACUUAAUUUUUAUCCAAAAGUUGUGUUGCUAUUUAGUGGUCAAACUAUUUUUGUAAGAUAUUAUAACUUGUUUAUUUUAAUUCUAUGCUACCCAAAAAAAAGUCUUAAAAUAAGCUGUCAGUUGACUGACACAGGUUAAUGGAACAAGUGUAAUCUUUUUAUGCGGAAGAAUAUCUUUAUUUUAAGCAUCAUUCAUGAACCCCAUGAAUCAGUUUUGGGGUUCACACCUUUCACCUCUGUCUGUGGGAAAAUGUUUUGGCAUAUAAAGGUGUUUAUUUUGGGCUAAAACGCAGUAGUUGCAAAAUAUCAGAAUUAGUUAUUGAGCCUAACUUUGGAGUAAAAUUAUUACCUUUUUCUUCAACACACAAUGUGACAUUACACACUGUAAGUUGAUGUCACUGCAAGUAUUUGUAUCAAUUGUAUUAUGUGAAUAAAAAGUAAGAUUGUUGCUGCCCUUCAUCACUUAAUCACAAUAUUUCCAUAAAAAACAAAACAAAAAAUAAUGAGAUGAAGCUUCUUUCAUCCCAGCUGAAUAUUCUCCUCUAAUUGGACUCAGUGUGGGCACAAAGGACAGUGUGCGUGAUCCCACAGAAUAAAAACCAUUGUAAGGACUCUAUACGUUCAAAGAUGUCCAAAUGAGCUUUGAUGUGCAGCUUCCUGCAGGACUGGUUUGUGCUCUUUAUUCGAAGAAAUUUACUCUCAACAUCGGGAUGUGGUUUUACAAGUCGAAAAUAUCCCAGAGGUCUCAUGACGUGAAUUUAGAGAAUCGGCGUGCGUGCAAAAAAACAAAAACGAUUUUUAUUACAGGCCACAUACAGAUGAAGAUUUCAAUUUAAAUUCCACCUCCUGGCAAUGUAUUUAUGUUUUAUAUAGAAUGUUAGAAAGGCUUAACUACAGCACUAUUGUUAGCGUAGUGUGUGUGUGUGUGUGUGUGUGUGUGUGUGUGUGUGUGUGUGUGUGUGUGUGUCUUGGAUUUGACAUGGCCUGACCACAAAAACGUGCAGCGCAGCCUUUAGUUAAUUGUACUCAGCAGACCCAGUUUGGGCAGGCUCAAGGUCAAAGACUGUUUUCCUCACUUUGCACAGACACUGAGAGCUGGUUUCACUGGGGGAUGGAUGGAGGAGAGAUGUUGUGACAGGCUUCAUAUUCAGGCUGUAUCAUAGUUGUGUUUAUUGUUUUAGCGGUGAGGGCUCAGGGGGUCACGAUGCACAGUUAGGUUCAUAUUAAGCUGAUUAUAAUCGCUUCAUUUAGGACUUUAUUUCGGGUGAAAACUAAUUCCCGGGCCCCAAAAUAGUGUCCCAGAACAGAGUCACAGUUCCUGGGUGUUGUUAUAUCUUUGGCCAAACCUCAGCCUCUUUGGAUUUAAAGAUUUUUAUAGUCCAUGUAUUUACCGGGCUGCACCUAUCCGCCAAAUUCUGACUUUGGCUCCAUCACUGCACCGUUUCUAGCGGAGAACAGCCCGGCUCAUGGCGCCUCUUCAGCGCGGAGACUGCCGGGCUACCACGAGCCACGGCAGCAGUAUCCUCCUCCGUGGAAAUGGACUCUCCACCAGGCGAACCGCGCCAUCACCUCUGCGCCAACAUCCUGCGUCAACCUGCCGGGGGAAGCAGUUUAUCACGAGUACCAGGGUUUACCAUCAUCAUCAUCAUCAUCAUCAUCAUCAUCGGAGACGAUAUUCAGCGCCGGUAAGGACAGCUUUGUGUACGGCGGAGCGGUUUACAGCGCCUCCAGUCCGCGCUUUUACGCACAGGCGUUUGGCGCAGACCCGCGGAGUUUCCCGGGCAGAUACACGGCGCUGAAUCCACAGCAUCGCUUCCCGGAAGAGCGGAACCGGAUCCUGCCGCCUGUUUUUGAUCAGUUCUUCGAGUGUGCAGAGGACACGGUGGAUCAGAGAGCGGAGAUCACACUUGGGAGCCAACAGGAGACGGAGACGCAUCAGGCCGACUGGACGAGCUGUCACACCGGGGAGAGCAGCGAGGUGAGGGCGGGGUCAGAGUCACCCCAGGCUGGGAAGGAGGAGGAGGAGGAUGCGCCCUUAUCCAGCGGCAGUGGAGACAGUCAUGGCUCGGCAGAGCCCUGUGUGAUGAGAAAGAAGCGCUGUCCUUACUCCAAGCAGCAGAUCAGGGAGCUGGAGAGAGAGUUUCUAUUCAACAUCUACAUCAACAAGGACAGACGCAUGCAGCUGUCCCGCCUCCUGCGCCUCACAGACCGACAGGUGAAGAUCUGGUUCCAGAACAGACGAAUGAAAGAGAAGAAACUGAAAAGAGAGAGACUGCUGUACCACACAGGAUAUCACCUGUUUUGACCGACGGGUUAUUGAGAAAGAAGUAAGAGACAGUCUAUCUUUCAGUCAUGCACAAGCUGUGGGAACGCUCUUCUCACAGCCCUGUCUCAUUCCAGCCAUGUGGGCAGGUUAAUCGAGACAUAAAUAAAUAAAUGAAUCCAGUAUUCCUGCCAUGAGGAGUCCUCCAAGGCUCAUGUUUAGGCCCCAUGUUUUUCUCGAGGACAAACACAUCCUGGCAACUUCUCUAAUGAAUAUUCUGUCUUACUCCUGAUUUUCUUCUUGCCUUAUUCAAACCUGACUUCCCUCUGAAGUUAUGUGGCUGACUGUGAAGACAUUAACCCUUUCUUUGCCUCGGGGCUUCAUGUCCGAACUUUGAAAUGACAACAUACAUUUUAUAUCCUUUUUCCUUUCCAAAAACUAAACAUAGAGAAACAUGAAAUGCGGAUGUAGCUCUUUAUACGCUCGUCUGUGGAGCAUCCUGUUUUGGUGUUCACAUUUCUGAGAGUAUUUGAUUUUUUUGGUCUUUUUGGUGUUUGAUGUUGAGUUGCACUGCUGACAAUCUAAAGAUGUGUCUGUGUAUUAAUGUUUCAGUUACUGAAUUAUGAAUCCUCUUGCUGUUCAUGUUCAUUUGUUUAUAACUUACACAAGUUAAUAAUACCUCAUAAAAUCUAAUUUCACCAUCUGUUUUGCUUAUAAAUCUAUCUGUUUAGGCAAGCGAAGGCAAUCUGUAUUAAUUAUUCUGAUAUCUCUGAGAUUUGAUAUCAGCAUUGUGACUAUUUUGUGUCAGUGUUUCUACAUAAAAGACUGUAAAUACUAAAAAUCUAAAACAUAUGAGUGUAAUUAUUUGGUUUACUUGGAUGUACUUUGUGAUUAGUUAAAUGUGAUUAAAUAUUGACUGACACAUCGUUAUGAAUGAGUCAUUAUUUCAGGUGCCACGUGUGUCCAUGCAAUUUUGUAACAUGCAGUCAGGACACAUAUGAACAGGGGUUUGUUGUUGCAUCGUACACUUUACUGCACUCU